AAAUGGGUAUCACAAGCAUCACAGUGGAUAACAAGAUCAAGUCACACAUGGCCAAGUUAUAAUGUCAAACAAAGUAUUUUAAAACACAGUGUACUUUUUGUACCGGUGGGAGUGAAGGAAUCGCCAAAAGAGGUUAUAGAAUGGCGAAUUUCUUUUUCUGUUGGUGAAAAAUUCCUAAUAAAUACUUUUACACACACUCAAUUAAUAUGUUAUGCCCUCCUGAAAAUUCUUUUGAAAGAUGUUAUAGUAACUUACACCAAAUGUGAAGAUUUACUCUGUUCAUAUUUCUUGAAAACAAUUAUAUUCUGGAUAUCAGAAGAAUUACUGCAAUCAAUAUGGGAACCUGAAAAUCUCAUACAUUGUUUCAUGAGAUGUUUUAGCAGACUGAUAUAUUGUGUUUACUAUUCAGUUUGUUUACAUUACUUCAUAUCAGAGAACAACAUGUUUGAGAACAAAAUAGAGGGACUCGCUCGCAAAAUAUUGUUAGAGAAAUUGUAUACCCUGCAUAGUUACGGAUGGCGAUGCAUCUUAUUUUCAGAUCAAUUAUCUAACUUUCAUGUAUCAAUGUGGAUGGUUCAAAUUGAACCACAAACACUGCAUACUGUCGAGGUUGCAAAAACACUUAAUUCAGAACUAUCAUGUUUGGCAAAUGCAACGAUUGAAGUUAAAUGGGACACUAAUGCAUACAAAAGAGGAAUGCACGGGAUAGUUUCCUGUUACCAACCACCAGUAAAACACUUUUAUACAUACUACAUGUCAUUGUUGUUUGGACAAAAUGCACAGUCUAUUCCAUUGCACAGUACGAAUAGUAGUAAAAAAAAACACCAUUACAAACUGUAUAAUUCCUGUCUUUGUACUCUGCUACAGAAUACUCAUCAUGACGCGUUAUCUGGAUGGCUGAUGAUAGCAUCGUUUUUCUAUAAGUCAAAACAAUAUAGUAAUGCGUUACACAUCAUUGCUUAUUCUAUAUUGAAAUUUACUGAUGAAAAACUAAUUUGCGACAAGGAUAUGUCAGAUACUCGAGUCCGAUUGCCCGAUUCGCAAUUAUUCGAAAGAACAAGUAUUGUACAAUUGUGGAAAAUAAUACGUAUAGAUCAUAUGAAAUUUACAAGAAACUCUUGGUUAAUACCAAAAUGAACUACAAAUGGAAGUGUAAAAUGGAAUAUAUUUUAUUUCCUCUA